AUGCAGCGGGAAGGCAUGACGCACAUGCUCCGCGACGGCAACGUCACCAACAGCUGCCGCGGCGCGAUCAGCAGAGGGUGCCGCGGCGGCGGCGGCGGCGGCGCCACCAUCGCCCCUGCAGCAGCAGCAGCACCUGGCGGGAGCGAGGGCGGCGGCGGCGGCGGCGCUGCUGUUCCGGCGGCCCGUCGGGCGGUGCAGGGAGGGCCGGGCGGGGGGAUGGCGGAGCCGGGCGGGGCGUCGUCCGGCACGGGCGGAGGCGGCGGGAGCUCGUCGGGGCCUGGAGCGACGGACCCGGCCUCGCUGCCCCCUGGCGACGCGCAGCUCAUCGCCCUCAUCGUGGGGCAGCUCAAGAGCCGCGGCCUCUUCGACGCCUUCCGCAGGGACUGCCUGGCCGACGUCGACACCAAGGUAAGCGCCCCUCCCCGUAGCAGCCCCGCGGAGGGUGUCUCUGCAGGAUCGUAUGGAGUUGCCAGGAUUACAGGGACUUUUCUUUUUAUUCCCUUGUCCUCUCUUCUCCCUAGUCCCCACCCAGCCCCGUUAUGGAGGAACUCGCCCCAGCCAACGGGGUCAGCUGUCAGGGGUGGCGAGAGUUGCAGUCGCCCGGCUUCCCUGCCUCUUCGGCUGGGGUUGUGUGUAGGAACCGACACACGAGUUCGCAGGAAAACCAUCUCAUAGCCUGCACUGUAUCCCCUCUAAUCCAAACUCCCGGAGGUGGGGGAGCUUUGCUGGCUCUUGUGGUGUGGUCUCUUAUGGGAAAGGUAUACACAACCCCAGGCAAAACAUUUAUUUUCCUUUGGUGGUCACAUGGCUUGCACUCUUGUUUUUGUGUUUUGUGCAAGUCGUAGUCCAAGAUACACCCAUGUUAACAUUCUUAUGGGGUCACAGAGGUUUUGGAGCAUCUUUGUAGCUUGUCCUUGGCUUAUAACUUCCUGUAUAUGUUUCCUGGGGGGGGUGCUUUAUUGUUAUUAUUAUUAUUAGGCAACUCUCAAAAAGAGUAAAAUAAACCAAAAUAAAUACAUUCCAGCCCAUGUUACCACUGAAAGCACUAUAACGUAGUGGUAGAACUAGAGCAUCUGAUUUGCAGGCAGAAGGUUUAAUCCUUGGCAUUUCCAGGUAGGGUUGGGGAUGGUUCCUCUCUGAAACGCUGGAGAGCCAUUGCCAAUCAGUGUGGACAAUACUGAGCUAGGUAGACCACUAGUCUCACUUGGCAUAAGGCAGCCAUCUUUGAACAUUGAGCAGACAAGCAUCAUAUAGUGGUGUCCACAUCAACAACAUGGUUUUAUUCCUUCAUGUUUUGGAAGUUAACCCCACUGCAUUCAGUGGCCUACAUGUAAAUAGGGAUAAAUGGUAGUCUGUCUAAGCCUUAUAAAGGAGUAGGAGGAGGGUAUGUUGGUCCUGUAAUCCAUCAAGAUUUUCUGGGGGAUGCAGGUACAUAGAUAUUGGCUGAAUCUCAUUGAACAGGGUAUUUAGGUGUGUAACCCGCAACAACUGAAUUUUACCAUGGCCUCGCAGACACUGGUUGGAGUCUAGCUGGAGUUUUAUUCCAGGAUUUGAAUGACAGAGCUAGUUGAUUAUGGAAAAAUCAGUCUAGGAUAUUCCAACUAAACAUUAGGAAGGACUUUCUAUCGGUAAGAACUGUUUAACAGUUGAAUGGACCAACUCAGGAGGUGUUGGAAUCUUCUUCAACUCCAGCUGUAGUAUACUUAUUCUAAGGUAUGUGUUCUCAUGUAAUUUUUCACGGCUACAUGCAUAAUUUGGUUUUUCAUAGGUAAAAACAAACUUGCUAAAGGCAAAUGAUGCCAAUCCUGUUGAAAUUUAAUUGUAGGGUAAACAAGUGUGUUUCAGUGUGGUGUCAGUGGUCUGUGUGGAUUUUGAAAUAAACACUUCAGGAUUAUAUUAAUUGAGCUAUUUUGUUUAGCCAGCCUACCAGAAUUUGAGACAGAAAGUGGACAACUUUGUGUCUACCCACCUGGAUAAGCAGGAAUGGAACCCAGCAAUGAACAAAAACCAGUUGCGGAAUGGCUUGAGGCAGAGCGUUAUUCAGUAAGUAAAAGCUGCUAAAAUAUAAGUGACAAUAAUGAAUUGUUUUUUAACUCAUGAAGGUAACCUACAUUUGCACAAGACCCCUAAAUUUUGAUGGGAUUGUCUAAGAAACACUCCUGGUAGAUUGUGGCUCUUCAUCCGUUGAAAUUACUUAAAAUUUCAUUGCUAAUCAACUCCAUGUUUCUAGAGGAGUGUCACUUGUGGCUGUCUAAUGAGAUCUGCAGGCAUCCACAGCUUUAAGAGGGAAAGAGCAUCUGAUGAACAUGCAGUCUUAGUUCUGUUUGCUUUUACCAACUUCCAGCAUGAGAUACAAUAGCAUGAUGAGCUUAAUGUCACUGGGGUUGGGGUGCUGUCCAACAGAGUGAAGUAGUGUUUUGCUCCUUGAACUAUUGCUGUAGUGUAACUAAUCCAGUUCACUAAACACAACGUGUUCUUUGCAAACACAUUCUUCCCUAAUUUUGUUGAAGGCCAGGCUGGGUUAUCUGUAUGUUCAAUGUACAUAAUUUUAAUUUUAUAUAAUAAGCUGCUGUGUUCCUGACUGAUAGUGAUAGGAUUCAAGAAAUGGUUCUUAAAAUGUGCUUAGAAUGAGAGCGGGAGGUGACUUGCAAGCUUUACGGAGUACUUCCAUGAAGUUGCUUGGAAGUCAGUCCCAUUGUAUGCAGAGAUGCUUUUUUCCAUAUAUGUGUGCAUAGGGUUGCAGCCUUAAUUUAUUAAUCUGUAUUAUGGCAGAUUAGUUAUUUAGAAGACUUGUAGCUUGCCUUUUGGCUACAAGAGGCUGCAUGGUGGCGUACAAAAUAAGUUAAAAACUAAUACAGAUAUAAAUCACAGUAAUAGCACAAUAAAAUUAAAAAGAACUAAGUUAAAAACUAAAGCAGUACUGAAAAUCAGCAGAAUUCAAAGUUAAAAUGAUCCCCAAUGCCUGGUGAAAUAAGGUAAAGGACUCCUGGACAGUCAAGGUCCAGUCAAAGGCAACUAUGGGGUGUGGCGCUCAUCUCGCUUUUCAGGCCAAGGGAGUUGGCGUUUGCACACAGGCAGCUUUCCGGGUCAAAACAGCAGACAGACUCUGGUGGAAGAUGGUCCUUUGAAUUGCCUCGCCUCAAAUUAUUUAGGAAUUUAUUGGUAAUCACCAGCACCUUAAAUUGUUCCUGGAAAGAGAUCAUAAGCCGGUGUCUUCCAGUAACCUGGUUACUACCUUUUGUACUUGCUAAAGCUUCCAAACAAUUUUAAAGGACCACCUCAGAUGAAAUAUGCUGCAAAAAUCCAGCCUGCGUGUGGCCACAUCUGCUGCUUCUUCAAAAAGAAUGCAGCCAGCACACUCCUAGACUACAGACUUCAGGGUUUUUUGCCCACAUACAAUCUGUGGUAGUGUUCAAGCAAUGGUUCAUUACCUCCAUUGGAUGAAAAAGAGAAAGCUGGGUGUUAUAUACAUUUGGCAAUAUCAUACGAAACUUCACCAGGAAGUGGUUUGACCAUGACAAUGCGAUCGCUUGGACAACCCUUCCUGUGUUUUCAAACCAUCCAUUUCAUCAUCACCACCAAAGACUUAAGUUGAGAGUGUGCCCUGCUACAUGUAUUGAUUGAUGUUAAAUUGAGGCAGCCCCAAGGCUGCCAUGAAAACCAUGAAAUCUAGAGGUGGUCUUGGCAUGAAUACUGGAGAAGCCUUCAUUGGGGUGUACAGUCAGAAGUAAAUGAACAUGGGCUGUAAUAAUUAUGAUGAAGCUUAAAUGCAAAAAUGACAGGGACCAUUCACAAAACAAUAUUGCUAAAAUACCUGACAUCUGGGCAUUGAGUGUAGGCAUUAAGCUGUGAGUGUUGUCCAUAGUUGCAGACAGUGAACCUAUAGGGUCGUACAUAAGUCUGUCUCAAUGGCUGUAUGACUCCAUCAACAUAAAGCACAGCUUACAUGCUAGGUAUUUCUCUUGUAUGAUAAGCUCAUGGUAAGUUAUUGUUGAAACAUCCUGAGUUGCAUUUAUAAGCCAUCUGCCUUGAUGGAGGCAUGUUCAGGUUAAAACCUCUAGUUCCAUAAUUUUCAAUUGUGAAGUAAGACAGUGAGGACUCAUCCACAGGUCCAAGUGUUUUUGCUCUCCCCCCCCCCCCCCCGCCCCCGGAAAACCUUCUCUUAUCACUAAAUUGGAGCAAAUGUCAUUAUGGAGAAAACACAAUUGACGUUUGCUCCAGUUCAGCAGUAAACAAUGGAUUUCCCCAGGGCAAAGCAGCAGGGUAGCAGGUGUGGAUGAGCCUUGAGACAGUGGUUACUAUGAGAGCUUUCCCCAGGCCAUCUUGUUGUCAAAUUCAUGUGCCUCUGAAGUGGUUCAGCCAUGGAGCAGAAGUUGCUUAUGCAUUGUGCUCCAUCGAUUCUGCAACAGAUUGUUUUGCUGCAAGCAGUCAAUGGUGGGGAGACAUGCUAAGCUUGUCAUGUCCUGGUUGACUUCCUUGCUCAGUUUUUGUAUGGUUUCGAAACAUGUUGUGUACACCACCAACUGAGUUCUCUUUUGUUUGCCUUCAUUAAUUCUGGGGAUGCACAAAUGCAGACACUUCCAGACAGCCUGUUUAAAUGUACAAAUUUGGUUGUUACCCCAUUUCUAGUGCAGUUAGCACAUCACUUUCCUCACUGCAAAAGUCCGUAAGAAAAGUGGUUGGAAAUUAGGCUAGAAAUUGUGGGACAACAACCCCUAGCUGGCAGUGCCAUAUAAUCUCCGCACAAACAUGAACGUUCAAUAAACUGGUGUUGUAUAACCUCUGCAAGUUUUGCAUGACUAUAUUGGCAUGAAUGCUUUUCCAGCAGCCAGCCUGGAAGCUUCUUGUGUCUUCAUCUGCUACUCUUAAGUACCCAGGGGGCCCUGCAAUGAGAGUAUUGCUGCAGCUGUAGAGGGCCUGCCUACCAGGCUGGCAGCACAGCAGCACCAACCUGCAUUACACGUAGCUGCCAUUUUUAGUACGUGGCACAGUGCACAAGCUGCAGGAGCUGGAAGAGCAUUGGAACAAUCUGACCCCGGAAUUUGUGCCAGGCCAGGCAUGCCCUUCAUGGAGACCAAGUGUCAGAGACUUCAGAUCUUCUUAAGUGCCCACGUAGACUCAAAACAAUAUUGGCUGUUUGGGUGUGUUUUUUCUACCUAGGCAGCUGCUUCCCAACGGCUGUGCAGUGUCUCUGUGUUUGCCUCCCCUGGCCUGUUGCAGACAUGACUUAACCCCACCAGACAGCCCAUGCCCUGCUCUUUUUAUCCAGCACAGCCUUGAAGUAAUAAGUCGCUUUUUGGUUUCUGACACUGUUCCCAGAAAAGCUCUUUGUCUUGUGUUGCUUGUGUUUAUUUUUGUUUGUCUUGUAAAAAGUGCCGGUGUGUCUAGACGGGCAGAUGUGGGGAGCAGCUGAUCGUGGCAGGUCCUGGGGUGAAGGCUGCCUUUCUGCUUUUUCAUCAUAAGUGCACUAGCCAAAAAGAUCACCUCCCCUCAUAUCCCGCCUAUCUCCUCCAGUGUGAUGUUUUUUCCUCUUGUUGAUGCCAAGUCAGGUUUUAUUUGCUGCUUUGUGUGCCAUGGACACCCUGCAGUGGCUCCCACCCAGCAUACAUUUUUUUAAAGCAGUUGGGUGAGCAGAUGUCUGCUGCAGGUUCUGCUGGGGCCCUCAAAGGCAGCUGGUUCAAAACCUCUUGGUUUUCUUUUCACCGGGUAGAAUGCCUGUCUAGUGAUACAGGAGCUACCAAAAGAGCCAUAGUUCACACCAUGUUAAUGCUAAUUGCAGCUGACAUGACGGCUGUGGAGGGCUCCAGUGGGGGGAAGAAGGGAAGCUUUCUGGAGGAGCUGAAUGACUCCUUUGUCUCUGCCCCAGGUCGGGGAUGCUGGAAGCUGGAGUGGACAGAAUUAUUUCUCAGGUGGUGGAUCCAAAACUAAACCACAUCUUCAGGCCGCAGAUAGAGAAGGCAAUUCAUGAUUUCCUGGCUGCGCAGAAGAAAGAGGACUCGGUGCCAGCUCCUCCCCCGGAGCCGGAGUGUCAGGAUCCUUCCCCUCCAUCUCAAGAUGCCUCGUAA